UGUGGAAUGGAAGGACGGUUUAAAGCAGCAAGGACCAAUGGAAGCAGAGUUUUCUAAGAGGUGGAGAGAAGCAAGCCUUGCAUGUUACAAAGACAGAAGUCAGAGUUCGAUCUAAAGAAAAGAAAUACUGCAAGCAAUCCAAAGGAGGGACGUUACCAGAUUUUGGCAUUAUGUCAGAGGCAAAAAAGGAGAAGAAAAAGUCUUCAGUUCCAGGUCACACAGGUCGUAGUUCUCUCCCACCAAAUGUCUCUAACGCAGAUGAAGAUGAGGUUCCCACCAUGGAAGCCUUUGGUGUCAUUCCAAGGGGUGCUAACAUAAAAGAUUACCUCGAAGUCCAAAAUAUUCAUCUGUUCAAGCAGACCAAUGAAAAGAAUAAGCGGGAACAUCAUACUGACAGAUAUUACAAUAACAAACUCAUCAUACGUCGUGGACAGACUUUUGACAUCCAGAUAGAUUUUAACCGGCCUUACAAUCCAGAAAAGGACCAAUUUUGGAUAGAAUAUGUUAUAGGUCGUUACCCACAGCAGAGUAAAGGAACAUACAUACCUAUACCCCUUGUUGAUAAACUGGAAGUAGGAAAAUGGGGAGCACAAGUUAUUCGAAAUGAGUACAAUUCAGUAAGUGUCACUGUAUCAUCAGCACCGGAUUGCAUUGUUGGCAAGUUCCGCAUGUAUGUCGCGGUCCUUACUCCAUAUGGAAUUUUGCGUACCAUCAGAAAUUCUGAGACAGACACCUACAUUCUCUUCAAUCCAUGGUGCAAAGAGGAUUCUGUUUAUAUGGACGAUGAGAGAGAAAUUGAAGAAUAUGUCAUGAAUGAUAUUGGAAUCAUUUUCCACGGAGAAGUGAACAACAUCAAGAAAAGAAGUUGGGAAUAUGGGCAGUUUGAAGAACAGAUCCUAGAUGCAUGCCUUAACAUAAUGGACAAAGCUCAACUGGAUCUUGCAGGACGUGGAAACCCUGUUAAAAUUAGUCGUGUUGGAUCUGCAGUGAUAAAUGCAAGAGAUGAUGAUGGAGUUGUUGCUGGGAACUGGAAAAAUGAUUAUUCUUUUGGAGUGUCCCCAUCUGCCUGGACAGGAAGUGUAGAUAUCCUGUUGGAAUACCACAGUUCGGGUCUUCCAGUGAAAUAUGGUCAGUGCUGGGUCUUUGCUGGUGUCUUCAAUACAUUUCUGCGGUGCCUGGGAAUACCUGCACGAGUUAUCACCAAUUAUUUCUCAGCUCAUGAUAAUGAUGCCAAUCUCCGUACAGAUGUCUACCUCGACGAGGAUGGGAAAACAAACACUUCUCUCACAAAGGACUCUAUCUGGAAUUAUCAUUGCUGGAAUGAGGCUUGGAUGACUCGACCUGAUCUUCCUGUUGGGUUUGGAGGAUGGCAAGCUGUAGAUGCUACACCACAGGAAACCAGUGAUGGUAUGUUUCGAUGUGGGCCUGCAUCCGUUCAAGCCAUUAAGCAUGGUCACGCCUGCUUCCAGUUUGAUACACCAUUUAUUUUUAGUGAGGUAAACAGUGACAUUGUAUACACUAGAGCAAUGAAAGAUGGAUCAAAAGUUAUUGAACAUGUUGACAAAUCACAUGUGGGACAAAAGCUAUUGACAAAACAGAUUGGUGGAGAUGGCUCACAAGAUAUAACAGACCUAUACAAGUUCUCUGAAGGGACAGAGGAGGAAAGGCUGGCUCUAGAGGCUGCCCUGAUGUACGGAGUCAAAAAGGAAAUCAGAGAUGAGGAUCAGCAACAGUCUGCUGCCGACACAGAUAUGGACUUUCAGGCAGAUAAUGCAGUAUUUGGCAGUGACUUCAAAGUCACUCUAACUUUUAAGAACCGGAGCACCAAUCUUUAUACUGUAUCCGCUUUUCUCACUGGACAUAUUGUCUUCUAUACCGGGGUCCUGAAGUCUGAGUUCCAGAACAAGAAUCUAGAAGUGACAUUGGAACCUUCAUCCUCUAAAUCUGUGGAAGUUCUAAUAAAAGCCCAUGAGUACUUGAGCAAGAUUGUGGAACAGGCCUCCUUACAUUUUUUUGUCACGGCUCGUAUUAAUGAAACAAAGAAGAUAAUGGCAAAACAGAAGAUUGUGAUACUGAAAGUUCCUGAGCUACAUAUCAAGGUUCUUGGAGAGAAGACAGUUGGUAGUGAAAUGACUAUUGUGGUCGAGUUCACUAAUCCAUUAAAGAAGUCACUUCAGAAUGUUGCUUUGCGUCUUGGAGGACCUGGACUUAUGAGAACAAGAGCUAAAGUUUUUGGGGAAAUUCCAAUGAAUUCAUCAUUGACUUGGGAACAGAAAUGCAUACCACAACGAGCAGGUCUGAGGAAAUUAAUUGCUACACUAGAUUGUGAGACAAUACGACACAUUUAUGGAGAGCUAGAGCUGGAGGUCUUGGAUAAUCCUCUGUAAAUCUCUAUUUUGUAAUGCAAUAAGCAGGGUUUGCAUAUAUAUAUAUAUAUAUAUAUAUAUAUAUAUAUAUAUAUAUAUAUAUAUAUAUAUAUACACACACAGUAUAUAUAUGAGUAUACGUAUAUGUAUAUUGUGCUCUGGUUUAGAAAAACACAAGGAUGAACUUGCGGUUAUACCCUGUUCAAUCAUUUUAAUACUGCAACCUUAUGCUUUAAAAUAACCAACACAUGGCUUAAGCAAACACACCAGCAUUAACCUAUACCAGAAAACAUCAGGACAAAUGUUAGUAAUUUUACUGCUUCUAAGUUUUUUUUAGAUCUAGGGGCACUUUUAGUAAAACUCGAAUCAAUCAAAUUUUUUUGUAAAACAAAUAUGACCAAACUCCCUUCCACAAUAUUCAACUUAUUUAUCGAUAAUUUUUCUUGAAACAAUCGGAGCGGCAAAACGUCACAACAAAAUCAAGCUCUGAAAAGUUGAUUUUCAUCAAAAACUUGACUUUUUCGGAUUAUCGGCCAAAAAUCCCAAAUUUUUCAGAUUAUCCAGCCCAGAUGACAAUCUCAAGAAACAACUUCAGGGACAUCGGCCAUUGACUUCUACAUGACUUCAACAGGUUUGAGAUGGACUAUUUUCAAAAUCGUAUAUUUAACAGCUUUAGCAGCUUUGGGGUAUGAUAAAUCUCUAUAAGUUCGAGUUUUUCUUUUCCCCAUGAAAAAUUCCUUGACCAGAAAACAAUUGAGGUUUAAUAAAUGGGCCCCUUAUUUAUAUUUUUCUGAAGAGUAGAAGCUGCUAGAGAACAUACAGAGACACCUCACAUUCCUGUAAGGCAAUUUCAUUUCAUAUCAAUAGCACAUAGCUUACUUUGUGAGUAACAUCUAUUGUAUACAAUAAGAUAUGAGCACAAUCACCCUACAGCUGUCAUUAUGUAAAACAAACCUAUUUGCAAAUAACAAACUGCUAUUUUGUCAUGUUGGAAUUGGGAAGUGGUGUAGAAACUUGCACCAAUGUUGCUGUCCAUUUUAGUAGCACACUGUGGCCCUUAAUGAACAGACCUCAAAUGGCAAUCCAUGGCCAUGAAGAAGCCCUGUAUUUUAUCCAUAUUUUAUUGUAUCCAUUUUCUAAUUUAAGUGGAUAGGAAGAGUUUAUUCCCAUGAAAACUCACGUUGCAUAAGCUUAGCAACAUAAACGGUAGUCCAUCCAAUCCACAAUUUCAGUGUUUAAACUGGAUUUUAUGUUUAGGUUCUGCUUAGGAGCAGAAACCCAUAGCAAACUGGUAACCAGUAAAUGCUACCUGCUGAUUGGUUAAUAAUAUUAAUCAGCAGGUAGCAUUUACAAACAAUUAUGUUUGCCCAGGUACAGUAAUACAUAUUAACUUAAUAUGUAUUACUGCACCAGGGCAAACAUAAUUGUGGUCAUUUAUCAACACUGGACAAAUUUGCCCACAGGCAACCCAGUGCAACCAAUCAAAUUUCUGCAUUCAUCGUUCUACUUGCAGCUGGCUUUAAAAACGAAUCACUGAUUGGUUGCUACAGAUAACUGCCUUGGGCAAAGUGUUAAUAAAUGAGCCCAAGUGCCUUUUAUGACAUAACCCCUGGUUCCAGUUAUCUUGAAAUAUUCAGUGUGUUUAUAUACGUAUUAUAAACUAAUAUCUCACCCGUGGUGGGAGGGUGGAUGUUACAAAACAGGUGUCAUUUACAGUAUACAGUAGCAAGUUAUUCGUUUUGCAACUGUACUAAGACUAAUGAAAGCAAAAUUCCUAUGACCAGUUCAUUAUUUAAUAAGAACACCAGCAAAUCAACAAACAGUCAGAUAUAUUUUUUUAUAUAACUUUCAGAUCAUUAUUCCACACUGGGAUAUAAAAAAGCUAAAGACAUAAAAGCAGUUAAAUAUAUUAUUAAUACUUAAUACACAGUGUAUGUGCUUCUCUUCUCUAGCAGGAAAUAAAAAUAUCUCCUCUUCAGAGGAUCAUUAAUAUUGCUGUCUAACCACUUUGUAAGGCUCUUACUUUGCGUUAAUUAGUACAUUUCCUUUUUUUCUUAAAUGUUUCUUAUAAAACCAAACAAUCCUACUUAUGAUAUGCAUGCAUAAAGUAAUUAUACUCAAACUUUUUAAUUGAAGUAUUAAAUUGCACACUGGCUUUUUAAUUGAACCGUUAAAUAAAGUAUAUUUGAUUAGA